UUUCUGUCUCAUGUCUAGUCUACGGAUUUACGGAAUUCGGCCUCCUUCCUCUAUUCUUCAUGGUUUCAGUCAAAACAAAUAGGGGAUGAUUAUCAUUGAUAUUCAUCGCUCAUCAGAGUGCAUCACCUACUAAAAACAUUACCUCGGAUUGAUCGCUGGCGGGGGAGGCAACUGCAACACUCCCAAUCGUUCAAUAACUCCAGACGAUUAACAAUUAGGGGUCCACCUGAUAGACUCAAAAGGCACUAGACUCGAGACAGUUUACCUGCGGCGUCGUUGAUUUUAUCGGAAUUGCAGUUGUAGUGCUUCACACAUGAGCUCUGAAAUGCGUUUUCCAUCGGUGUCUAAUAAAAGUAACAAAUCUGUAUUAAUAACUCUCGAUAAUAAUAUCCACUCCCCAAUAUUAAAUCGAGAUAUGACUCUCGAUUUGAUAGCAAGUAUGGAGGAUACUGGCUGCAUUGUGCAGCGAUAAAAUACUUGUGAUUACACACACGUGAGUUGGAUGGAGGAAGUAAAAAAACCUCCGAUGGAUCUUGAGACGCCCGUUUCGCUGGGAAUAGUAUUUUGAUUAAAGAUGGAGGAAAGUGGUAACGACAAGUUCCUUUUGAGAAGACGCGCGGUUACACUGAAACCACUUAAGGUCAAAGAUGAGCGUGUUGCUACAUUGAAAAAGGUUGCUGCCAUACUGAAUAAAUCAGAGGUGGACAGAACUGCUGAGGAAACAGAAUUGUUGUCUUCCUGUGGUGAUGUUGUCAAAGAGGUUAAUCUCAGACAAGAGAAAAGGGACAAAGUGAAAGCAAGACUGGAGGAGAUUGAGGACCCCCCAGAGCUCCUCGAGGAAAAAUGUAUGAGACUGGCAGGGGCAAUAAGUCGUGCAUCUUCCCUGGCUGUUUACACUGGCGCCGGAAUAAGUACAGCAGCAUCAAUCCCGGAUUACAGGGGGACAAACGGUGUCUGGACGCGAAUGCAGCAGGGAAAAGACAUAGGAAAUCAUGAUCUCAGCUUAGCGGAGCCGACAGUCACGCACAUGGCACUAUACGCCCUGUACAAGGCUCGUGUACUCAAGCACAUUGUAUCCCAGAAUUGCGAUGGUCUUCAUCUACGCAGUGGCAUUCCACGUUCAUUUUUAUCCGAAGUGCAUGGAAAUAUGUAUGUGGAAGUUUGCCGAGCGUGUAAACCAUUUCGCGAGUACCUACGCUUAUUCGAUGUGACUGAAAGAACAGCCAGAUACUCACACGGAACUGGUAGACACUGUCACAAGUGUAACUCCAUUCUACAGGACUCAAUAGUUCACUUUGGUGAACGUGGCAAUUUGCCUUGGCCAAUAAAUUGGAAUGGUGCAUGUCGUGCCUCGAAACAGGCUGAUGUUAUACUGUGUCUUGGCUCGAGUCUGAAAGUCCUGAAGAAAUAUCCGUGGCUGUGGCAGAUGGACCGACCUGUCCAAAAACGUUGCUCCCUGUACAUAGUUAAUCUCCAGUGGACACCGAAAGAUGAAAAUGCAACGUUGAAGAUAAACGGUAGAUGCGACGAAGUUAUGAAAAGAGUAAUGAGCCAUUUAGGUUUAGAUAUUCCAGAUUAUAAUAGAUCCAAGGAUCCGAUAUUUUAUCACGCUAUAAGACUGCAAAUUAGUGAACAAUCAACAACAUCACAGCCUUGUCUUGAGGAGCCUGUAUUAAUCACAAAUGAUGAUGAGAAGAGUGAGAAUGAGAGUAACGGUAUUAUACCAAAAAAGGACAAUGAAGACUGCGUAUCACAGAUUAAUAUGAGUGAGCCAUUGAGCGCCUACUCGGCACCAUUCUUCACAGCAUUACCCUUCCUAUCUAUGGGCUUACCAUUUCCACCCAUGUUCUUCUAUCCACAAUUGACAUCGCUACUUUAUUAUCCAUUGCUUCAAGUACCACCGAUCAAACAGGAGGAGAUUAUUCAGCCAAAAGCCACGCCAGCUUGCAAAUUUUGCAUGGAGAAUGAGCAAUCACAGAAUUGUUUGUUCUAUCAAACUAAUGGCGAAGAUUCUCUUGUAAUGGAUCAGCCUGUUGACACGGUCGAGCCAACUAUUAUCGACAAUGACAAUGAGAAUAAUAUAGAAGUGGUGACAGAGUCCGAGGAUGCUUCCAGAGCUACUGCCAAGAAUCCUGGCUGGUUUGGCAAGGGUUAUCGCAAGGGAUUUAAGAAGAAACGGUAGCACCCAUUAACCCAAAUCAUCAAACCCACGAGAUUGAUAUUAAUCGAUGGACAGAAUGAAUAAGUAGAAAUACCAGUAUCAAUGUAAUCUCUAUGAUCAAAAGACUCUAUGAAAUAUUAUUUUACAUAUUUCAGCAACAUUCGAUAUGCUGCAUUUUUUCAAUUGUUGAUUUAGAGGAGAGUGGGGCAAAAUGAAAUAGUCGAAAAUACGACUGUUUGAUGCAAUUCGAGCGAAGAAAAAUUUUUUUUAUCAACUUUUUUAUUAUUGGGAGUACUGAUUAGAAUAACAAUUUUCCAUUCAGUA